AUCCCCCACUAUACAAAUACAGACCAAAAUAAAAUAAAAUAAUAAUAACUAAAGCUAGGGUCAGUUUGUGAGGCGAGCUGAAAAUGAGAGUUCCUGUACAAAUCAUCAGCUUUUCCUGCUUUCUGUUUUCUGUUACCUUCGUGCACGGUCAAGAAUGUCUUAGAGAGGACAUUACAUACGAAAACACACAACCAGUUUUAAAUGUUUCAUACGCUGAUGGUGAAUCAGUGAGCGUGAACUGCAUGACAGGUUAUACUGGCUUUUGUAAGUUAAAGUGUAAAAAUGGACAAUGGCUGACGUUCAUUGCACAGAGAUGCUCAAUUACUUGUAAGCUUGAGGUGACGGAACCUGAAGUAAUAAGAACCAUCCCAAUGGGAAAAACUGAUUUCAAAGCUGGAGAAAUGGUGGUGAUUAUCUGUUCUGCCAAAAACCAGCUCUUUAAUAAACAGGAAACAUUUACCUGCACAGACAAUGGGAAGUGGGAUUACAAGCCUACUUGUAAGGAGAGCAGAUGUGAAGCUCCAAUCAACCAGCACGUGUAUCUCCCAAAAUAUUACUUUAGUGGAGAUCUGAAACUGGGAGAAAAGAGAUCGUACAGUUGCGAGUCUGGAUAUCGUAAAUUAGCUGAAGUGGUCACAUGUACACGAGACGGAUGGGCACCAAAACCACUGUGUGCUGAAAUGAUGUGUAAUCCGCCAAAAAUUCCAAAUGCAGAGAUUGUGGGACAACAGAGAGCAAUCUACAGAAUCAAUUCAAAAAUACAAUAUAAAUGUCGUCCUGGAUUUGAACCAGAGGAGCCUGUAGAAAUCACUUGUGAUCCCCAGGGCCAGUGGACGGGCAUACAGCAAUGCUCUGAUGGUACCUGUCAGGAGCAAGAACUCAAAAAUAUAAAAAUUAUAUUUGGGUAUCCGAGCAUCGCUUUACCUUAUACACCUGGACAUAUCUUGGUUUUUCGAUGCACUGAUGACAACAUGAGGUUUUACGGCCAACGUGCAAUUGAAUGCCUGCCAGAUGGGAGGUGGAAUUACCCAUAUCCACAAUGUGGAGGAAAGGUUCAGUGCUCCCAACCAACAAAGAACUUGCAGUUUGUGACACUGGCAGAUGAGAAAACUGAAUACAGCAACUUUGAGAUACUGCAAUACACAUGCAAGAAACCUUACGAUCAAAAUCCAAGAGGAGUUUUGAUGUGCCAAAAUGGAAAAUGGAACGGAACGUUUGAUUGCAAAAGUACGACCUGUCCACCUCCUCCAUAUCUUCAACAUGGAGACUACAGCAUCAACAGUGCAAAAGAUGAAGUGAUCACAGCAGUAUCUUACACUUGCCAGUCUUACUAUGUGCUUACCAAGCAACAGGAUAUAUAUAAGUGUGUGGAUGGGAAAUGGGAGACCCCUCCAAAAUGCCUGAGACCUUGUGAAAUUGAUGACAUUGUUGAGAAGUACAAUCUGCAGCUUCCUAAAGAAAAGGUCUACAUAAGGCAUGCUGAAAAGUAUAGACUGAACUGUAGAGAUGGGUGGAAUACUGGAAGUGAUUUUAAACCUUAUGUGGAUGUGUCGUGCUCCAACGGGAAUCUGCAGAUUGACAAAAGUUGUAACUAACUAUUUACUGGAGUGGUGACUGAGGUACCCCAUUAAGUAAAAAUUACAAAUUUAUUUUUAUACAAAAGAAGACAUCCCUAAAAGGAGGUAAUAAGAUAUUUUAUUAGGUUUAACUCACUUCUGGUAUAAAUUUGCCCCGUAAUAUAUUUAAGUAUCUACUGUCAGUUAUUAAGUUCAGACAAGCUGUUCUCAGAGGACUCAUGUAAAUCUGUAAUAUUAUUGCAGUUUUUAAUGUGUUUGGUAGGCCAUUUUUUUGUACAAUGUGAUCAUGACAAACUAUCAAUAUCACACGAAAUUUCUCACAGGAACCACUUGGUGGUAGAGUUGCUUCACGCUUUUUGGCAAAGCACUAAGACAAUGUAAUCAUAACAUUAUGACUUUUUGUAAGGCUGCUAUGUGAAAAACUCUAUACAAAUAAAUUUGCUUGAAUUAGCCAUA